AUGGAUCCCCAAUACGCUAGUCUUCCGAAGACAAUCUGUGAGUGGUGAUUCUUCAUCAUCACAAUCUUGGCAACUUUCAACUGCUUGAAGAGGCCCGACUGGAACUUCGCAUUCGGGUUACUUUCCUACUUCAUGCUCAAAGCUAUGGGAGAGGACAGUGUAAAGAACAUGCUGAUCAUUCUCAAUAUUGGACUCCUGAUAUUUGAUAUAAUUUGGGUCUUCGUGCUUGGAUCUGUUUGGCACGGAAAACCUACACAUGAUAAGAUCAUCUGGGAAGGUUUCAGCGGCCUCCAUAACUUCAUAAUCACCCUCUCUGUUAUCAUAAUCGUUAUCAGGAUUAUAGCAAUUAUUUUCCUAUUUUUAUUCUCAAAGAGAGAAGAACAAUUUAUGAGGAAUAAGACUAGAAGAUAGACUAAAUGGGAGCAGAGAUAAUAAUGUUUAAAAAGAAAUUCGAAGGACCAUUACUCAAUAAUUAAAUAU